UUUUGUAGUGUAGUUUCUCUCUUUGAAAAGAGUUGAGCAGCUUUGACUUUCUUUUUCUCUCUACAUUCGCAGCUUUUCCUGGGAGCAUUCGUUUUAUAAAUCCGUAAUAAAUAUGGGAAUAUCUCUUCCAGUUUCGUGAAUAAAAAUCCUGUCCAGGGAGUCGUUCUUUUCAACUUUGGGCUGAAGCAAGAGGUUGGAGACGUGUGGUGGUUUUCAAGCAGCAAAUCUCCAGUGCUUCUCGAAGCCGGUGUCGCUGCGUACAAUCUGCGGCGGGAGCACCUGGAGCCGUACAUUGGCAACCGCUUGGAUACGCUGUUUGCCAGCCACGGGCGCCUAGUGGUGAAGGCGACCGUCACGGAGGAAGCUACCGGAGCUAAGGAGUCGGCGCAAAGUGACAAGACGGUUUUUUCUAAAACGCCUUACGUGAUUUCACUGAGGAAGAAUCAACGAAGUUUCAAACCCGGCCUGAAGAUAUACAUCAUCGCUGAAGUAACAUACGUCAAUGGAAACCCAGCUCCAAAUGUACCGAUGAAGGCCAUUCGGCUGAAGUCGAAACAAACAUACAAAGCUACGACCCAAAACAACGGAGUGGCAACGUUCUUCGUACCAACGUCCAUCGAGGACGGCAUGCUGUCUAUCGAGGUGGCGACCGACGUUGGGACGUACCCAUAUGAUCACCAGGCGCGAGAGCAACUGACUCUGCAGCCCUACCAAAGUGUUUCAGAUGGAUUCAUCGCCAUCGAAAGAAAAGACCCGAAGAGCGUUGUUGAAGCAAAUCAAUUCUAUGAAGCCGUUUUGUUCAUUCAUCAAUUCGACAAAGUCAGUUCCUCGGUUUACUAUGUGGUCCUGUCCAAGGGGAGAAUACAAAUGGUUCAGAAGCUGCCUGCAGGAAGAAGAAUCGAGGAAAAUAUAGUGAUACCUGUCACGCCUGAGAUGACACCCAGCUUCCGCGUGGUGGUAUUCGCCGUGCUUGGUCGACACGUCGUUACAGACUCCAUUUACGUAAAUGCGCAGCCAGCGUGCACGAACACGUCUUAUUUCACCCUCGGAAGGAAGAAUUUGGGAGCUGCAUCUGAACCUAUGGCCCUUGAGACGCUAUUAGUUCAGGGCACGCCUGGAACACUUGUUGGCUUGUUGGGCGUAGACCAAGCACUCUACCUGCUGAGAAAAAAGGAUCUCCUCACAAGGGACAAGCUGUUCCAGUCUCUGGAUUCCAAGGAUCUCGGCUGCGGCGCGGGUGGAGGCACGAACGCGGUCGAAGCCCUUUCCAGUUCCGGAGUCGUGCUCAUCACGCGAAAUCCCGUGGGCAACCCCUUGAGAAGCGACGUAGCCUGCCACGAGCACCGAAGAAGAAAGCGAGAAGCAGCGAUCAACAUCUUGGAAGAGUACGAGGACGAGACGCUGCGCAUGUGCUGCUCUCGCGGCCAGAGGACGGACCGGUUCUUACGCCCGUGCGCUAAAAGAGUGGAGAUCCUGAUGAAGUACAUGGAGCAAGGAAACACCCAUGUCAGGCAGGAGUGUGUGGAUGCUUUCAAGCGGUGUUGCGAGCUAGGAGAAGGUUUCGGUGUUAUGAGGUCAAGCGUCGCUGACAUAGAAGAGCUCACAGAUGAGCUAUCAGAGGGCCACACAGAAGUCCGCGAGGAUUUUCGUGAGACUUGGCUGUUUCACACUAUUGCUAUUGGGGCAGACGGCCGUGCCGAAUUCGCGGCCAGCUUGCCGUCGUCAAUCACCACAUGGGAGGUGAGCGCCGUGAGUGUCUCCCCCAGCGGCGGCGUCUGCGCGGCCGACCUGAUUGAAAUCUUGGCGACAAAGAAGUUCUUCGUCGAAGUAAACGUGCCCUACUCGGUAAUCAGAAACGAGCAAAUCGAGAUCCCGGCCACCGUCUACAACUACGGCGCGAGACACGUGGAGGCAAAAGUCGUGCUGCUCGGGACCAACGACAUCUGCUCUGGCGCCAAGCUAGGCAAGCCUUCCGCCAUUCGGCAACUCAGCAUUCCACCGGGUCGUGGUCGCACCGCCAUAUUUCCCGUGGUUCCUCUGGCCGCUGGAGUGAAAUACAUCCACGUGAAAGCUUCCAGUAGCAGCGGAGAAAGUGACGCGGUCAAGGUUGAGCUGAAUGUCCUGCCACCCGGUAUUACGAAGACAAGAUCUUUUGCUGUUGUCUUGGAUCCUCGAAACUCACAAGGACGAAGCCAACGGCACGUUCAGGAUUCGUACACAGAAAUCUUUAACGCGAAUGGAACCCAGCUGGUUCACAUAAAAACGCCACAUCCGGAUUACGCUCUGCCAAACACAGAGCACUGCGAAAUUGACGUCGUUGGAGAUGAAGUAGGUGCCGUAUUGGAAACUGUUAUCAAACAUCCAGGAGAGGCCGUAAUUUUGCCAGGAGACUGUGGAGAGCAAUCCACAAGCAAGUUGGUGCCAACACUGUACGCCUACGAGUACUUUAAGACUACAAACCGCAUCAGUGCGAGCGACGAAUUCAAGACUCUUACGUUCAUCAGGAGUGGUUACAAUCAAAUACUCAGGUACAGAAAGAAUGACGGUUCCUUCAGCGUUUUUCAAUACAGUGCCUCGAGUUUUUGGCUUACAGCAUACGUGGUUCGCACUUUGUGCCAGGCUAGAAAGGCCAUCAUGAUCGACGAAUCCGUUAUUACUAGCGGACUGCGGUACAUUGUCAGUAAGCAGAGCGGAGACGGAGAAUUCCCUGAUGAAUACUCCCGGUAUCACCGAAGACUAGUGGGAGACUUGCAGCACCGAGCAGCGCUGACGGCCUAUGUGCUCAUCACUCUCGAAGAGUGCGAUGCCGAGGGCUUUAGGGCUCCAGAACUCUCAAAACAGAGAGCAGCAGCGUUUGUGGAACAACAUGUACGACAGGGAGACUCACCAGGAGGGCUGGCUCUGGCCGCUUACGCACUGUCCCUGGCCAACAGCCGUGGAAAGCGGAAUGUCAUCCAGUGGCUGCAGGAAAGCGUGCACUCCGACCAAGACACAGGUGAAAGUCACGUACCAGAGAAAAACGAAGUCUUGUCCGCUCAGGCGACAUCUUACGCUAUCAUGACGUUCAUAAAGGAACGGAAAGAUAGCGGUUACAUCAAAAGUUUUGUACAGUGGCUAAGCAAGAGGAUGAGCCCCAGGGGAUCUCUGCAAUCCUCGCAGGAUACUGUGAUGGCUCUCCAAGCCCUCGCUAAGUACGCUGUCUUCGCCAAAGAAAACAUCCUUGACUUGACAUGUGAGGUCAAAUUAAGUAACAACAGGGAUUUCAAUGCGAAUGUAAGGAUCAAGCGAGACAAUGCCACCAUCCUUAACAAGAUCGAGAUUACUCGUCCAGGAGAGAAGAUAUUUGUCAAUGUCAAAGGAUCUGGCACCGGCAUUUUGUAUUUUAACUACACUUACAACGCCCAAGUGCCUGAUGACAUUUGCAAGUUCAACAUCACGGCGAACUUUGAAGAGAAGCAACUAAGCCAAGCUGAAAUACUGACGCGAAUUUCUCGUAGCACCCAAAAAAAAGACGUGCGCCCUAAGAGCAACCUGAAGCCCAACUAUCACAUGGAGGUCUGCGCAAGCCCGCUUACGGAUGCUCCAGAUGGUAUGGUCAUUUUCGAAGUUGGCCUGCUGACAGGAUUCAAGCCCAACCUUACAGACUUGGAAAAUCUCAUCAGAGACAAAAGGAUCGACGCUUACAAUCUAGCAAGCCGCAAGAUUGACUUUUAUGUCCCCUCCAUUUCAAGAAACACGACAACCUGUGUCAACUUCUCCCUUGAGCAAGAAUUCAAUGCUGGCCAACUGCAGUCAAGCUACGUGAAAGUCUAUGCUUACUACGAGCCAGAUUUUUCCUGCGAACGAUUUUACACGCCCGACAAGUCAAGUCCUUUGUUGAAGUUCAGCUGUGACCAGGAGGACGUCUGCACUUGCGCCGAAGGUGGCUGCCCUCCAGCGGAGCCGCUCGACCAGUUUAUUAAAAAUAAGGACGGCGGAUUUUUUGAGGAAGAGGACCAACACGAACGUCUGAGAGAAUUCGCCUGCGAUGAAGUCGACUACGUAUGGAACGGAAGUGCGAAGUGGAAUACCUCCAAGGAUGGAUUCAUAGAAGUGGUCUUCCAUAUCACGCAAGUUCUCAAACCAGGCCACGAAGACGAUUUGGAAGAUAAGAUACGCCGUAUCAAGGUGCGUGAUAACUGCGCUGGCUUAAAGAUCCCCAAUGACGAACAAUACAUCAUUAUGGGAAAAGAUUCCACUUAUGUUGAAGAAGAUGAGUUCAAGCAGAAACAGUUCAUGUAUUUGAUCGACAGCAGCUCACUGAUUUUCCCCGCCAGACGGAAAUAUCAGGGAAAACACAACAGGCUUGUGGCGUGGUUCAUUAACGAGUUCUCUGAUGAAACAACACGCUGCUUCUCGUGAAUUUUCUUCUCGUGAAUUAAUAAAUUUGAGCACCCGAGUGUCA